CUCCGCUCAUUUUUUUUUUCCUAAAUGAGGACCAUCCGGUGACUGACCACACGAAGACUCCUUCCUUCUUCUUUCUCUUUCUUUUUCUCCCUCAACUGCUUAGAGAUGGAGGAAUCGUCUACCUGAAAUCUCCCCCUGCCUGCCCUUGGGAGCCUUGGUCCUUUUUCACUUCUCUUAAGAGGUUAAUAUUGUUGCUGAUGUUUUAUUUUAUCCUCUCCCUCCAGCCCACCUAUUCCCUAUUUUGGGCUUAGGGAGGCUUCACUGAAAAUCCGGUAAAAAUGACUUGUCUUCAGUGUGCGAAGGCAAAGGAAAUUUGCUUUUCAAACGGAUGCAGAGGUCGCCUUUCCGUUUGGGUUCAGAACAAGAUGCCCUGGAAACACACGAUUACCAAGGGGUGUUAUUGUGUGGGGAUCACUCCUGUCUCCUAUCCUCAGCAUCACAAGGAUGUGAGAUUUCUGCUCGCUGCGCAGGCGGCCGCAUUAGCGGCAAUUACAACGUCUUGACGCCGAGGUUAGCGUUGCUCCGGUGCUUCUGGAAUUAGCAAAUUUCUAUUCAACGUGCUCUCAAAAGUUGGAGGUUUUUUACUCCAGUGCUCAUGUUUAGUGUGGGAAACCAAGUCGUUUCUCCCGGCUUGGGCCGCGUGGGGUAAGGGGAGGAGUGGAUAGGAGAGGGACACAGACGGACUGACUGACACAGCCAAACUAAUAGCGCAGCUAAAUGCGAUUUGGAAGGCGAGGUCUCCCCGAAUUAGUGCAUGAAUUUCCUAUCGAUCCGCCCGCGGUUCCAUUCAUCUCUGACAAGUCCCUCCGUGCACCCGCCUGGUUGCUCCGAUGCCUCCUCUCUCACUCCUUACCCCUCCCCGUGCGGCUGCAAAGAAAAGGCCCACGCUCAGUGCCUCUCCCCCGUGUGGGUUCCCCUCUCAGGCGGAGCCCCUAGUCCGUCCCUCACUUAACUCCCCCGCACAGACGCCGGGUGCAGGGGCUCCCCCUCGCCACGUCGUGAGGAGGGGCUGGGGCCCUAAGGAAGGCCUGGGGGAGGUGAGGCAGGACAGGAGGGGCCACACCCGGAGCCCCAGCUUCUGAGGGGAUCCAGGGAUUGCGCUCCGCCCAGCGCCCCAACAGGCCCUCGGGUGGCAACCUGCUCACUCGCUCUCCAUCUCCCUCCCUCCCUCUCCCCGAUCCUGGUGAGGAGAAGCGAGGAGGCGGUCGCCCCGCAGGAGCCCUAUGUAAAUCCUACUGUUGGGUGGGGAGGGGGGGGGAAGAGAAGAAGGGGAAAUAAACCUCUUUGGCUAGAGUAGGGUCCGGGUGAGCAGAUUUCCUUAUCCGGGAAUCGCAGGCGGGGCGGCCAUUGGCUCCGAGGAUCACGUGGGCCCCUAACUUUGUUCACUUGACAGUAAGUAGGAGGGCUUUCGGAAACAGGAAAACGAGUCAGGGGUCGGAAUAAAUUUUAGUAUAUUUUGUGGACAAUUCCCAGAAAUUAAUGGCUAUGAGUUCUUUUUUGAUCAACUCAAACUAUGUCGACCCCAAGUUCCCUCCGUGCGAGGAAUAUUCACAGAGCGAUUACCUACCCAGCGACCACUCGCCGGGGUACUACGCCGGCGGCCAGAGGCGAGAGAGCAGCUUCCAGCCGGAGGCGGGCUUCGGGCGGCGCUCCGCGUGCACCGUGCAGCGUUACGCGGCCUGCCGGGACCCUGGGCCCCCGCCGCCUCCGCCACCGCCCCCGCCGCCCCCGCCACCGCCCGGGCUGUCCCCUCGGGCUCCCGCUCCGCCGCCCUCUGGGGCCCUCCUCCCGGAGCCCGGCCAGCGCUGCGAGGCGGUCAGCAGCAGCCCCCCGCCGCCUCCCUGCGCUCAGAACCCCCUGCACCCCAGCCCGUCCCACUCCGCGUGCAAAGAGCCCGUCGUCUACCCCUGGAUGCGCAAAGUUCACGUGAGCACGGUAAACCCCAAUUACGCCGGCGGGGAGCCCAAGCGCUCUCGGACCGCCUACACUCGCCAGCAGGUCUUGGAGCUGGAGAAAGAAUUUCACUACAACCGCUACCUGACGCGGCGCCGGAGGGUGGAGAUCGCCCACGCGCUCUGCCUCUCUGAACGCCAGAUUAAGAUUUGGUUCCAGAACCGGCGAAUGAAGUGGAAAAAAGACCACAAGUUGCCCAACACCAAGAUCCGCUCGGGUGGCACCGCAGGCGCAGCCGGAGGGCCCCCUGGCCGGCCCAACGGAGGCCCUCCCGCGCUCUAGUGUCCCCCACGUGGGAGCCGCGAACCUCGGGGCGGGGCAAAUCUCCGCAGACCGGCUGUUGGGGGAAAAAAGUGUUAGCCGCCACUCCCGGAUCUGCAAGGGGGAAAAAAUUUGGAACCA